AUGGGUUGUGGCGGGUCAAAGCCUUCUUAUCCGGCGAAUUACCACGGGACUUAUGCGAGGCCCGCGCAGUAUCAUGUCAACACCUCUUCGGGUGAGUAUCCCCAACGUAUGUGGUGCUUUGAGCAAUUCGCUGACAUGAGCGCUCGCAGCAACUCCCUACUACUCGCCUCCCCUGACGCGAAGAUAUCGAGGAGGUGGACAUCAUGGUGGUGCGGCCGCGAUGGGAUUUUAUGGAGGUGCGGGUGGUUGCGGAGGAGGAGGAGGCGGCGGAGGAGGUGGCUGUGGUGAGUGA